AAUAAAAUAAGACGUGAAAAAAAACAAAGUAAACAGUAGUCCAGGAUGUCGACCAAAUGUAUAUAAAUGCAAGCAUCUUUUUAAAUAAGCAACUUUAAGAGUUAUCUUUAUUGGAUCAACAGUAUAAUUUAUUAAAGGCGAUAAUGUUGAGUAUAUCAAAAGUUUUUAUUAUAUUUGCUGUGGUAUCAUGUGUUUACAGUGUGCCUACACGAGGUUGGAGAGAAAUUAGUAUAAAUUUAAGGAGGUCUAUCGGAUCUGCGUACUCGGCGGCAGAAGAACUUCAUGUAACAUUCGUUAACAUGUUGAAAGCAUACGAAAAAGUAAUUACAGCCGAAUACAUGGACUACUAUUGGGUAUCUUUUAUAGCACAUUCUAGGGGCGGAGUACGUCAAGAAUGCCAGGCAUAUGUUAUGUGGCUAUUUAGACCGACCUUUAGAAGGAUAGUUAUCAGCCCAAGCUGUAGGCCAGCAUACUAAAGUUUAUUAUACAUAUGUAUGUCGAGAAUGUUCAUGUGUAAAUAAAACGUUACACGUAACAACGUCUGUUUCGAUGUGAACCUGACAGGACCAUAUCCUAACGCUACUGAAAUUGCAAAAGGAGAUUUAAAUCAAAGCUUUGUAAGCCUUAUCGGAAAUCCUGGUAUGUAUGUACAUUAAACGUAGUUAAUUUUA